AUGUCAGGCUCCGAGCGAAUACAAUCUCUCUUGAAGGGACCAGGCGCACCUUUGAAAGAGUUCGCGACGACAGAAGAGCCACAGACGAAGCGAAGAAAAACCUCGGUCGCCGAAGAUUCGUAUCGCCCUUUAAGAUGCUACCCAAUCCUGUGGGGCAGCCAAGAGAUACGAAUAUUGAAACUGGAUGCAGGGGACAAUGAUAACCCUCUCCACGGAAGCUUUCAAAGUGUGCAGUUGAAUUCCAACAAGGCAAGAUACGAGGCCCUGUCAUACACUUGGGCCGACCUUUCCGGAGACUCUAUCAGGCGUAGGCCAAUGUUCAUUGGACCCUACUGGGAUAUCAUCCCUAUUACUCGGAACUGCGAAGACGCUCUUCGUAGCGUUCAAUUGGUUGGCGGAGGCUCUCGGUCUAUCUGGGUCGACUCUCUUUGCAUCAACCAGGACGACGAAGAGGAGCGGAACGCACAAGUGGCUCUGAUGCCACAGAUAUACGCUGCCGCCAUCGGAGUUUUGGCAUACCUUGGCCCAGCAGCUGAUGACAGCGACAGAGCACUCAACGCUAUAUUCCACUCAAUAUCUCAUCGCAACUGUGGUCAUAGUGGAGAGGAAAGUGAAGUCUGCGCAGAUUGCCGGAUGCCUAUUAUAAAGCUUUUCAGCCGACCGUACUUUCGGAGGUUGUGGGUGGUCCAGGAAGUUGUGCUUAGCAGAGCCCUAACGCUUUACUGUGGUUCAAAGUCAACUCUUUGGCCUUUCUCGGGAAUGUUAACCCCUUUUGUCCGUUGUUCCUGGAUUAUCACUCGGGACAAAGCUACAAUCUGCCCUCUACAAAAUCUUUUCGGUCUUAUGGUCGCCACCAGCAAUUGUUUAUGCAAGGAUCCACGAGACAAUGUAUUUGCUCUGCUGGGCUUAGUCUCGCGGUGGAAUACGUUUCCAAUCUUUCCAGACUACAGGCUUACAGUGGAGGAAGUCAGCAUUGGUGUUGCGGCAUAUUUGACGCAGAAAUGUGGCCUUGGGAUGGCUGUCCUUCUUUUCGCAGGUGAGAACCGACCUCGACAGAGCACUCUACCAUCUUGGAUUCCAGACAUACGAAUGCCGUUUCGCCCAUCGAAAAUCGAAAACAACCUUUACGAAAGGUUCGUCAAAUCUGGAAAAAUCAAGGAAAAUGAGAAGUCAAUAUUCGAUAACGUCGUGUUGGACACGGGAUCCCUCUCGUUACAACUGUCCUCUCCCUGUGAUAUCCGCAUCAAUUCUCGAAGCGGAUUUCUAGAGGUCACAGCAAUCAGGGUUUGCGAUCUUCGCGGAUUCUUUACUGAGGACGGCAAAUUUGCGAAGUCAUUCGUUCGACCUGAAUGCGAGGACGGCCCAGAAAUGAAGGCUACGCUGAUCAUCCCCGAUUCGCCAUCUCCUAUUACCAGAAGAAGUGUGUAUCGAGAUGCCACUCAAAUCAACAUCUCCCACCACAUACGACAAGAUGACGUUCUUUUCUGGCUUCAUGGCAUCGAUGGAUACGCAGUAUUAAGACCAACCCGUAUCUCUUCAACUUACCGUCUUUUGUGUGCCUGUGAUCUAUCAAUCAUGAAUCUCGACACCGGCGAAAUCUCAAAAAACAUGAGAUUCAGACCUUUUAGUACCAAUGAUCACACACAACUGGAUGAACGAAAGAGACGUCUCAUAGAAGAUUUGCGUUUGACUAUUGGAAGAGAGAAUGCGAAACCAAUGUUGCGGGCGCAAGCAGAGCCUUUCUUGAUGAAACUUGCAACAUAUAUCUGCCGUCAUCAGAGCGAUUCAAAAAACAGUCUUUGGAAGACAUGGAAGCAAUUCGAAGCCAAGUUGAAGCCUUACCUCGAGGACGAACGGGGGAUUCAGUUACUAUUACGUGGCAUAACUGAGGCGGAUCAUAUCACAAUGGCAACUUGGCAAGAUGGUACGUCGUCACAUGCCUCUGUAUCCAAGAGGUUUAUGCUGAGGUCCUCAGAGUCUCUAUUAACUCUUCUUUGGUCGUUGUUACCCAAGAGAAGGCACCACAUGAAUAAAGCAUUCGGUGUGGAAAAGAUGUCGCUUCCGUACGAAGAGGUACUAAAGGGGUUUCAAGAUUGGGCCGAUACAACGAACGACCUGUUGUUUGCUAUGGCCCAUUCGGUUGAACACAAAUAUGAGUUCGUUUUUGGAAUUCGUUCAUCUGUGUCAGUACAAAAAGCCUGGCUGAGAGCUUUCAAGAGGUUCGAGAACAGGAUGAUGCCUCAGCCGAGUAGUAUUAUGGGAGCCAUGGAGGCUAUUGUCUAUGUCUUGAAGUUGUUCCCUCACACGGAGGAAGAACAUGAACAACUUUGCUCUUCUACACACGUACAACAAAGGCUGCAUUCUGAAACAAACGAAAUUGUGCGGUCAUACUCUACGAGAAACUGUCUGUGGAACUGGGAAGCGGUAGGAAGCAAUUUUGAGAAAAGAUGGAAAAUUCUGGAACGCUUGGGCCAGGACCGGUGGUUAGCAUCAUGGCGAGAUGGACCAAUCGAUAUGCUUGUGGGACUGGAGCAACAAAUGUCGAUUCGCUAUCAAAUGAACUCUUUCGGGUUCAACUUGACUCUACCUACCAAUGUUACGAUCCAUGUUUGCUACUUUUCUUUUCUUGGUCAUAUUCAAAUAGAGCUUUGCAGCCACGUCACAAUGCAUCUUGCCCCUCAGAACUCACAGAUGGCAGUCCUUCAAGAACCACGUAGGCGUUCGCCAGACUAA